GCGUGGUGUCACGGUUGUCGUUCCUUUUCGUUUGUGUACACCGCGGACGGUGCCCGAAGGUGCCGUGCUGAAGAAGCGCCGCCAUGGCCAAGACCAAGAAUCACACCAAUCACAACCAGAAUCGCAAGGACCACAGGAAUGGCAUCAAAAGGCCCAAGAAGGGAAACAAGCCUUCCAUGCGUGGGGUGGAUGCCAAGUUUGUGCGGAACAUGCGGUUUGCCAAGAGGCACAACAAGAAGGGCCUGAAGAAGAUGCGUGCCAAUGAGGCCCUGCAGAAGGAGGCUGCAUUGGCUGCUAAGAAGGCUAGCACAUUAUAAUAAACGUGUAACACUCUUGGAGG